AUGAAUGAUCUUGGUUACUCUACCGAUGGAGGCACAACUGACAGGGUCUUGUCACCGACAUCUUCUGCUCUGGUGAUUUUUGGGAUUUUGAUUUUCUUGGCAGGCGUCAUCCUCUGUGCUUUACGCGAGCGUCGAAGGCAGGCGCAGCCUCCACCGCCACCUCCUCUGGUGCAGGUCCAGCACCUCGAGCUACCACCUUUGGUCCAGCAGGAUGAGGAUGAGGCGGCGGCGGCGGCGGCUCUUUCUAGAGUUCAGCGGUCGGCUUUUUCGGUGGAGGAGGGAGGCGAGGACAUCGAGUGCACAUUGUGCCUCACCGAGUACGAAGAAGGAGAAGAGCUCGCUCUUCUUGGCUGCGGACACAAAUAUAAAAUUGCCUGCAUAACCAAGUGGCUCCAUGUUAACGCCAACUGCCCGCUCUGCAGAGUUGACGUGUGA